CCGCCGCCUACCCGGAAGUGGCUGUGGCGGCGGCGGGAGAGUGGAGCCUCUCAGCCCCGGUGGCGGCGGGGUCUUGCCGGAGGGACGGACUAGCCCGGUAGCCCGGUGCCCAUGGCCCCCCCCGCCGCGCCGGAGCCCGGCUCGGCACCAUGGUGGAAUUACUUUUUCCUUUACGACGGUUCGAAGGUGAAGGAAGAAGGAGACCCUACAAGUGCUGGAAUUUGUUAUUUCUACCCAUCUCAGACUCUCCCCGACCAGCAGGAGCUGCUGUGUGGACAGCUCGCCGGGGUGGUGCACUGCCUGACGGAGAUCUCUGGAGCUCCUCCAAGUCUCAUUCGCCUGAGGAAGCUCAAGUUUGCUGUUGUAGUGGACAGAGACUAUCUGUGGGUUCUGGGCUGUGCUGUUGAGCUCCCUGAUGUCAGCUGUAGGCGGUUUCUGGAGCAGCUCAUCAGCCUCUUCACCUUCUACAACGGACCUGUGCACCUCGCCUACACGGCAUUUUCCCAGGAGGAACUGAGCAGGCAGUGGGACAGAUACAUUAAACACAUCCAAAAAAACACCAGCGACCUCCACAAGAUUUUCAAUUCUCUCUGGAAUCUGGACAAAACCAAGGUGGACCCUCUGCUUUUACUGAAAGCAGCUCUCAUCUUGCAGACUUGCCAGCGCUCUCCUCACGUCUUGGCAGGCUGCAUUCUCUACAAAGGCUUGAUUGUGAGCACCCAGCUGCCACCUCCUCUCACUGCCAAAGUUCUCCUCCAAGGCGAUGAGUCUCCAGGCCAGAGGGAGCCUGGAGGUGAGGAGCAGCAGGAGCCUGAUUCUCCCUUGCCACAGGGUGUCCGUAUCAUCCCCGUAUUCCUAACAGAAGAUGAAGUCUCAGUGCUCCGAGAGUUUCCAGUGGAGUGGAUGAGUAGGUCGUCCGUGUCCCCGGCAAGCCCGGGAGGAGAGAAGAAUGCUCUCUGCUCCCAGGCAGUUUCAGAAUCAACAGGAAAUCAUGAAAAGCAAGACCUGAGCAGGAGCUCUGUGCAGGAGUCCCCUGAGCAAGCUUCAGGCACGGCUGCACCAGAAGAUGCUGCGCAAUCGGGUGGCCCUUUCAAGGGCUUCCCUGAAAUGGAAACCAGUACAAAGAAUUCUCCAGCUGCAAGACUGAGCACACCAGACAGCAAAAGCUCAGAGCUCGGUAGCAAAACAUCCUUCCCGUCAGAGAGAGACACGAAGCAGCUGCCAAACCCUUCCACACCCCAUACCGUUGAAUACACUCGGACUGCAGGUCCGUAUCUGGAAGGCUUUUCCUUCCCAAACCCUUACGCCCGGGAGCAGGAGGGUCAAAAUGUGGAAAAAUCCCUUGAGGACUCUGAUGUUGAGCAUCGUAGCUUCCAAAGUUAUUCUGCAGCCAGUGGCAGUCCAGCUGUUUGCUCUCCUGCCCAAGAGUUGAGCAGAAGGAAGUCGAAUGAACAAGAGCAAGGGACUCUGAGCCAAAAUAGCAUCUCUGGAGGAGGCGGUGGUGUGGAUGGUGGCAAAGUGCAGGGUUUGGAUUGUCCAGCCGCUGCUAUACCAUCAGAGCUCCAAAGCAGGAGGCAGCAACCAGCUGUAGAAGUUCAGAAGAGCCUGCCCAGUGACCCAGCAGAGAACAUGCAGAGUCCAGGGAGCGGGGAGAGUGGCUGGAUGCCUCAAAUGGACGCUCUGGGAGCCCAGACUGGUGCAGAGUCAGACAAACUGGUUAAAAUGAGCUUGUACGUUCACUGUAUUAAGGGGCUCGUGCUCUCCCUGUUGGCUGAAGAUGACCUCCGAGAGGACCAGAGCUCCGUGGAAGAUGUGUACCACAGCAGCCUGGCUUCUCUGAACGGCCUCGAGGUCCAUCUGAGAGAGACACUGCCCAAAGACUCCGCGUCCUCAACCAAGAUAACCUACAGGUUCACUCACUAUGAUUGUGUUCAGAAUGUGCUCACGGCCAACCUGCCCCACACACCGGGCCCUCUGGAGCGGCACUUCCUGAGAGCUGCCACGCUGAUCCACUCCGACUUCAGCCAGCUUCCAACAGCUUCAGAGGUGAUAAUCAGGAAUGCCUCCACGGCCGUCUACGCCUGCCGGAACCCCGUCCAGGAAACCUACUUCCAGCAGCUGGGUGCUCCUCUCCGCAACUCGGGUGUUCCCAACCCUCACGACAGCGCCUUCAGUUUGCCAAGCAAGGCCAAGCAGAAGCUGCUGAAGCACGGGGUGAACCUGCUUUGAACUGAGGCAAGGUCUCUCAGCCCUUUCACCUCCAAUAAGUAAAAAUCUCAAAGCCCUUUAUUCCCUAGGAGGCACGAGACUCCGUGCUAUGUCCAUGGAGGCUCCAGCUUGCCUUGCCCUGAGGAAGGGCCACUCUUUUCACCCUGUUCCUGCAGCGUAUUUUGUGCUCGUGCAGGGUGUUGGUGAUGUUAGCACUUACCAAAGACUGAAGGUAGAAAGCAGCAGUGUUGGGAUGCUUGGUUUACCUUGACUCUAGGAGUGUUUGUGGAGCUCUGCCGCCACAGAGACUCCUGGAGUGCCUUGUCCUAAAGUAAAAACCUCUUCUUGCUCUAAGCUACACAGAGAUGUCAGUCAGACACUGUGUCUGCCUGGAAUCCUGUGCCUUCACUUGCCCUGGUCAGACUCAGGCUUUAUUUAUACCUCUUAAUCUAUAGAACCAAUCCCCUGCCAUGAUGUAAUGCAUUACUUUGAUGAACAGAGCCUGCACCUUCUCACACUAACUGGAACAGAACAAAUGCUGCAAAAACUCAUAAUCCUCUUCCAGGCAUGGUCAGGAGGGUUUUAUGUUGUUGCUGAAUCUGGGACAUCCUUGUUCCUUCACAAGUGCCUGCUCCUCUGCCUCCUCUCCUCCCUCCUGUUGGAGGACCUUGUGUCACCUCCUUGCUCUCGCUGCCCGAUUUGUCUGUGCUCUGUUGACAGAGAAAGCAAGUGGGAGGCUCUGAAACUAACGGGACCAAAGAGGCUCUGUAGCUCCUUGGCAGCUCUUUUUGCUUGGAUGGAGGGGGUGUCCCCUCUCUGGGGGUGGUGGUGGUGGUUGCUUGGACCUGGGUGAUGCAUCCCUGCAUCUGACCGUGCUUUAUGUCCCGGAGCUGCUGCUGGCACACACCCACCCCUCACUGUGAAAAUAAAAGAGCCUCCAAGGCUCAUCCAAGCGCCGUGUGUCAGCGGCCAGAGUCCAA